AACUCCCACCAUCUCUGCUCUCACUCUUCAUUUCCAUUUCAAUCCUACACUCCUUCCCCUCUACCUGUCCCAGGUUGUUUGGUAUGACAGGAGUGGUCAGAACCAACAGUUCAGACCCGCACAAUCUCGGUCUGCACCCACACAUCAGCUGGCCUGACUUCGUCAACCCUCUGGUUCUGCUGCUGCUCUACUACACACUGGUGGCUCUGCUGCACAAAUGGGUCAACAUCACGGAGGAGGAUACUGUUGUUGAUGAUGAGGAGGAGGAGUGUGAGAGUCCAGCAGAAAGUCCGGAGGCUCCUCCAAGCUUCUCCAGGGUCAUCUACAUCUCAGGAGAUAAGCAGGAGCUUUUGAGCAGCACAGAUGAUGAAACCUAUCUACCUGACGAGCCAAUGAUUUUGAUGGCGGGGAGUUCCUGGAAAGAUGUCAGUAUAAAUGAUCUUGACUCUCUGUUAGGAGGGGCAGGGUACUCAAACUGUUACGCUCCACCACAGUAUGAAGGCAAAGACUCCCCAUCACAUGAGACAGAAGGCGAGGGAGAAAUACGUGAAAAGUCUGAAGAGGACCUGAAGACUCUAACAGAGACCUCGCCUCCCCCCUCAGGCCCGAGUGGCAUGGUCAUCUUUGGACGGCUGGUGCAAAAACACAGCUACGUCAGCGCCCUUAUCAUCAUGAUGGUGUGGAGUAUCACCUACAACAACUGGCUGACCUUCGCCCUGCUGGUGUGGUCCUGUAUCAUCUGGAUGAUGAGAGACCGGCGCCGCUACGCCAUGAUGUCCGCUCCGUUCCUGGCCGUCUACGGCUCCGUGCUGCUGGUGCUGGGCUUCCUGAGCGGGCUGCGGCUGAGCCGGGCCGAGCUGUACCCGGGUCUACCUCCCACCGUCAUAGUGGACUUCGACCUGAACAGCUACCACCCUGCACCCUGCGUCCACCUGGGAGCGAAGGUCUUCUACUGCUUCAGCUUUUGGUUGAUGUUUCGUCAGCAGCUGAAGGAGAGACAGGAGGAGCAGAGCUUAAAGGAGGAAUCUCUGGAUGAAGUCAAAGUCGUGCCACCGGAGGAAAGUCCGCCAUCACCUCUGGUAGCGAUGCUGAUCUCAGGGGUGAAAGGGACGCUGGUGAAAUACUGGAUCCUCUUCUGUUGCUCCAUGUUCUUUGUGGUCAGCUUCUCUGGAAAGGUGGUCGUCUAUAAGAUCCUCUACAUUGUCCUCUUCCUCUUCUGCGUUGUCCUCUUCCAGAUCCGUUACGACGUUUGGCGUCGGGUGCUGAACAUUUUCUGGGCGGUGGUGGUGGGUUACUCCAUGGUGGUGUUGAUCGCCGUCUACAUGUACCAGUUCAGAAGUGUGUCUGGGCUGUUGACACAGAUCAUGGGCAUGUCGGAGGAAGGUCUUCGUGACGUGGGCUUGGAACGGUUCAACACAGUGGAGCUGUUUGCACGCAUCCUUCUUCCUGCUGCGUUCCUGUUGGCUUGUAUCCUCCAGCUGCACUACUUCAACUCAGACUUCCUGACUCUCACUGACCUCGACAACGUACCUGUCAGACAGGCUUCCAGAGAAGAAGAGCUCAAGAGUUCAGUCAAUGUGAUAUCUGAGACCAUUAAAGAAAACAUUGAAAAGUUCCAGAAAAGACUUGUCAAGGAGCAAAUGGGUUCUGGGAAAAGUCAGGAGACUCUGAACAGCGUCGGACUACAAUCCUCCUCGGAGAAAGGAGCUGAGGAGCUCGAGGAGACACCAGAGGAGGAAACUCUCCUCAGCAGUCCUGAGGACAAGUGGGUUGUGAUUGUCGACCGGUCGAGCAUGCUGCUCAUUCAGGCUCUGUCGGGACUCCAACGGCUCCAGGAGCAGAGCUGGAGACUGAUGGAGCUCCACAGCCUCAAAAUCGUGUCCUCUGGCAUCAUCUGGGUGUCACUGCAAGAGGUUUCUCUGAUGAACUCGCUCUUCCUGGUUCUGUGGGUGUUUGCCCUCCCGUUCCCACGGUUACGGCCUGCAGCAUCCAGCAUCUCUGCUGCGUGGGCCUGCGUCAUGGUGGUUUGCAAAAUGUUUUACCAGCUCAAAGUCAUCAAACCCCUCGAUUACUCCUCCAACUGCACAGCUGGCCUGGUGCCGUACAACAGCUCGGGCCUGGAUGACGGAGCAGAGAUGAGGGGGAACAUGGUGGAGCUGCUCAGGAGGUCUAUUCUCUACAUCGACCCUGUCGACCCCGUCUACUGGUGCGGAGCGCUGCGUAAAUGUGAGGGCAGAAUCCUCCCCUGUCUCAGGAACCAUCUGAUGAUACUCGGGCUGCUGGUGUUCGAAGCGAUCGUCCAUCGGCACCAGCUCUACUUCCGUCUCCAUAACGACGUGAGGGCCCCGCCCUUCAGCAUCAUCUUCCACGGCAUCACGAGGCAGCACCUGGAUCACGGCAUCCUGCCCUGCAUCAAGUACUACAUCAACUUCUGCUUCUACAAAUUUGGACUGGAGAUCAGUUUAAUCGUGGCGGUCAACGUGAUUGGUCAGAGGAUGGAUUUCUAUGCCCUGCUCCAUUCCUGCGCCUUAUUGGCUGUUCUGUCACGACGACGCAGGAAGGCCAUCGGGGAGGUGUGGCCUAAGUACUGCUGCUUUACUGCCGGGCUCAUGGUGCUGCAGUACCUGCUCUGCAUUGGCAUCCCUCCCGCAGUCUGUGCUGAUUACCCCUGGAGAACCGCAGCUCAACCUUUGACCUCUAAUGUUAUUAAGUGGUUUUACAUGCCUGACUUCGCCAUGAGACCCAAUCCUUUAUUCAUAUUCUACGACCACCUCCUGCUGCUCUGCUCGUCUCUGCAGUGGCAGGUGUUUGAGGAGGAGAACCGAGCGGCGGUACGACUGCUGGCUGGAGACAACGUUGAGAUUAGCCGUAGUCUGGAUCCUUGUUCCUUCAACAAGUUCAUACCUGUCGAUAACUUCCUCCACUGCAGGUGCUACCUCGACAUGGUGAAGGUGUUUGUUUUCAGCUAUUUCUUCUGGCUGGUGCUGUGCCUCAUCUUCAUCACUGGCACCACGCGGAUCAACAUCUUCUGCCUGGGCUACCUGGUGGCCUGUUUCUACUUCAUGCUGUUUGGAGGCAGCGUGUUGAUGCAGCCCGUCAGAUACAUCCUGCGACUGUGGGACUGGCUCAUCGGAUACACCUGCUUUGUGAUCGCCAUGAAGAACCUGCUGUCUCUCGGUUCUUGUGCCUACCUGGAAAGCCUGUUGAAGAACUGCUGCUGGUUGAUUCAGGCUUUCAGCAUGUUCUGCACCAUCAAAGGCUACGACGUCCCUGCUCCUGACGCUGAGUGCGAGCUGCCGGAGGGCGAGGCCGGCAUCGUCUGGGACGCGAUCUGUUUCACCGUCCUCCUGGCACAGAGGAGGGUCUUCCUCAGUUACUACUUCCUCUACGUGGUGUCUGACCUCAAGUCUUCUAAGAUAUUGGCCUCCAGGGGCGCUGAGCUGUUUGAGGCCAGAGUGAAGAAGCAGGUCGCCGCCAGACUGGAGGAAGAGAAGAAAUCUGUGCUGACACUGAAGAAACAGAUGGAGAAGAUCAAAUCUAAACAGAAGGGUGGACCAGCAGCAGCAGGCAAACCAGCUCUUCCUGCUGAUCAGGAGCAGGUGACACUGGACGACGAUGAGAAGGCAAAGAAAGAUGCCGGAAAAUGGUGGAAGCCGUGGGUGUCUAAGCCUGGAGUGGAAAACAACUGUGGCUACCACCUGUUUGAGAGUGACAGCGAGGAGGAAGAGGAGGAUGUUACGGAGAAGAAAGUAGAUGAACCACCACCACCAAAGAAGAAAUCUGCUUUCCAGUUGGCCCACGACGCCUGGGUCAACAGCUCUAAGUCGGCUCUGAAGGACCUGAAGAAGGAGAAGAAGAAAAUAAAGAAAGAGGAGAAGAAGAGAGCAAAGAGAGAGCUGCAGAGACAGCAGGGCAUUGAUAGAGAGGACUCUAGUGAGGAUGAACUGGAUGAAAGCACCGUGGAGGAGGAGGUAGAGGAGGGAAAAGAAAACAUCGUGCAUCGCGUCAUUAACACCGUGAAGUUCAGCUUUGUGUUCAUUAAGUCCCUCCUAGACGACCUGACGGGGGGUCUGAACGCGUUCUGUAAAGAAACGCUGGACAUUUCCAAGGUGCUGCGCUUCGAGCGUGCGUUACUCAGCCAACAGCAGAAGAAGGGUAAAGAGGUGAGCCAGGAGAGCGUGAAGCAGUUUUAUGAAAACUGGUUAUCCCGUCAGAACACACUUUUAUCUCAAGACGACCCCGAUGACAACCUGCCUCCUCCUCCCUCCCCGUCCGACGUCCCCUCCUCACGCCACGCCUACGCCAAGCUGAAGAACCAAGCCUCCAAAGUGUCCUGGGGCAGCAGCAUCUCCAGCUGUAUGACAGAUGAGACGUUGCUCAUGUCCCGGCAGCCGACGCAGGAAGAGCUGGACGAUCCCCCCGCUGUGUCGCCUGCUGCUGACCAGCUCAGACGGAGACUCCUGAAAACAGCCAACAUCGACCUGACCUCCUUUGAGAAUGUUGACCUUUCACCAAGCUGUGAAGAUGGCGCCCCUCAAAAGGAAAUCCACGAACAAGAAGAGGAGGAGGAGGAGGACAUCGAGGGUGAGACAAAGCAUGAGCGAGAACAAGAAGAGGAGGAGGAGGAGGACAUUGAGGUUGAGACGAAACGGGAGCGAGAACAAGAAGAGGAGGAGGAGGAGGACAUCGAGGUAGAGACGGAACAGGAGCGAGAACAAGAAGAGGAGGAGGAGGUGGACAUCGAGGUUGAGACGAAACGGGAGCGAGAACAAGAAGAGGAGGAGGAGGACAUCGAGGUUGAGACGAAACGGGAGAGAGAACAAGAAGAGACAGAGGAAAAGGAACAAAGAGAGGAGUAUCGUGAGGUGGAGAGAGAAGAGCUGAACGAGGAAGCGCUGCUGAGAGAAGAAGAUGAAUGCGCCGAUUACCCAGAAUGCACCUCGUUGCGCUUCAGGGACAGUGAUGGAGAGAAAAGCCUCGACCUCGCAGAGUCUCCCCGACCUCUGAGUGAGGAAACGAGGAACCUCACUGCCAGCGAGCUGCUGCUAAACAACAUGUUUGAAAAUGACGAGAUCUUCGAGUCCGAUAAGUUUUUCGUGACGCUGCCGAGGCCGCUGAAGCUGCUGUUCGCCCUCUAUAACACCAUGGUGUCCAAGUCAGAGAUGCUGUGCUACUUCGUCAUCAUCCUCAACCACAUCGUGACGGCUUCGUUCCUCUCCCUCAUCCUGCCCAUCCUCAUCUUCCUCUGGGCCAUGCUGUCAGUGCCCCGGCCCUCCAAACGCUUCUGGAUGACCGCCAUCAUCUACACAGAGCUGACUGUUGUGGUGAAGUACUUUUUCCAGUUUGGUUUCUUCCCCUGGACCACCUCUGCCUACCGAGGCAUGAACGCCGAGCGGCCCUUCGCCUUGCCCAACAUCAUCGGGGUGGAGAAGAAAGACGGCUACGUCCUCUUCGACCUCAUUCAGCUGCUCGCUCUGUUCUUCCACCGCUCUAUUCUCAAGUGCCAUGGGCUGUGGGACAACAAAGAGGUUGAGAUGCCUGAUUUUUUCAAGAAGAUGAAGAAGAAAGUCGACAAGAAGAAGAUGUCAGGAGGAGAUAGGACGGGCAGAAAAGACAAAACUCAACGCCGGUUAAAGUUCCUCCCUCUCCAGGCCUCCACCACCUCCAUGUUCUGGCGACGAAAGAAAGGCGACUCUCUAGAGUCUGAUGAGGUGAAGCCCAAGAAGCAGCACAGCAGGAAGAGGAGCCGGCAACAAAACAAGGCUCCGCUGACCAGGAAGCAGAGGAUCAGACAGCUGAUCAAAGAGAGGAUGCUGCAGACCAAAGCUGCCGUCAUAGAAGUCGGCCUUCACAUUUACUUACCCAUAAGACAGUUUUUCUACGACAUCAUCCACCCAGACUACAGUCCCGUGUGUGACGUCUACGCCCUCAUGUUCCUCAUCGAUGUGGUCAACUUCAUCGUCACCAUAUAUGGAUACUCGGCUUUUGGGAAAUAUUCUGCAGGGGUCGACAUCACAGAGUCUCUGUCGGAGGACCAGGUCCCAGAAGCCUUCCUGGUCAUGCUGCUCAUGCAGUUCGGCACCAUGAUAGUGGAUCGGGCCCUCUACUUGAAGAAGUCCCUGAUGGGAAAGUGUGUUUUCCAGGUGGUGCUGGUGUUCGGCAUACACUUCUGGAUGUUCUUCAUCCUCCCCGGGGUCACAGAGAGGAGGUUCAACAGGAACGGGAUUGCUCAGCUCUGGUACUUUGUAAAGUGCAUCUACUUCGGCCUGUCUGCCUACCAGAUCAAAUGUGGCUACCCAAACCGCAUCCUGGGCAACUUCCUCACCAAGAACUACAACUACCUGAACCUCUUCCUCUUCCAAGGGUUUCGUCUGGUUCCCUUCCUGACGGAGCUGAGGGCGGUGAUGGAUUGGGUUUGGACCGACACCACUUUGUCUCUCUCCAGCUGGAUUUGUGUUGAAGACAUCUAUGCAAACAUAUUCAUCCUCAAGUGCUGGAGGGAGUCCGAAAAAAAAUACCCCCACACUCCAGGGCAGAAGAAGAAGAAGGUGGUGAAAUACGGGAUGGGAGGAUUCAUCAUCUUCGCUCUCAUCAGCAUCAUCUGGUUCCCGCUCCUCUUCAUGUCGCUGGUCCAGUCAGCUGCCGGAGUGACCAAUCAGCCGGUGGACGUCUCCAUCCAGCUCAGCAUCGCAGGAUAUGAGCCUCUGUUCACCAUGAGCGCCCAGGAGCAGAACUUGGUUCCAUACACAAAUGCCGGAUUCGACAAACUCACCAAAGUCUACGCGACCAAUCCAUCCGCUAUGCAGUUCAUCAUGAACUACGAGGCGGAGGACAUUGUAGUCGCUAAGAUCAAGAGUGAUGCCAGUCUGCUGUGGAGCAUCAGCCCGGCCAGUCGAGCGGAUAUGAUCCAGGAGCUCAGCAACUCCUCUCACAUAUACAUGACGUUACGCUGGACGCUGCUCAGGGAUCCGUCCAUAUCAAUGACUGCAGAGACGGUGGGAGAACACACUGUGAAGUUUGAGGACAACGCCUUGAGGGAAGGGAUAGUCCACAUGCUCAAAGGCAACAUAAGCAAACCUGUGCUCAUUGAUUCUCUGCUGCCAAAGUUCCUCAGGGGUAACAAAGGACCAGAGUCCAAAAUGGCAACCAGGAUGAAAGUAGAGCCCUCGGACCGCCCAGAUAGCCAGGCGCUGUCCUUCUUCAGGCCCAUGUUGGUCAAACUUCAAGAGGCCAACGGAGGGUCAGAGAAAAGGCCCGACCAGUGGUGGAUGGUGGAGGAAUGCUCCCCAGUUCUCACCUUAUCCAAACACAAGUGUGACAACAUAGAGAUAGUGGUGAUCAGUGACAAAGUCAGCCCCUCCAGUCUGGGUUUCCUGGCUGGACACGGCAUCGUAGGUCUGUACAUGUCGGUGGUGCUGGUCAUCGGAAAGUUCGUCAGGGAGUUCUUCAACGGGAUCUCCAGGUCCAUCAUGUUCGAGGAGCUGCCGUGCGUGGACCGCGUCCUCAAGCUCUGCACGGACAUUUUCGUGGUCCGGGAGACGGGAGAGAUGGAGCUGGAAGAGACGCUGUUUGAGAAACUCAUCUUCCUCUACCGAUCGCCGGAGACCAUGAUCAAGAUGACCAGAGAGAAGAAGGACAGCUAGAGGUUUGGUGGCGUACCAUCUGUGGCGGGUGAAACGCCACCUGUGGAUGUGGUCCACACUGAACUAACAGCACUCAAAAUGGAAGUAUUAGAGCAAAUAACAUUUGGUGCAGUAGUCAUUUCAGAACUUGUGGUUAAUGAUCCAGUUGUAAUCAAGAACCCUGCUGAAGAUUUUGGAUCCCUUUCUGACCAUGCUAAUCUUGACCUCUGACCUUCAUGGAAAAGGCAAGCAGAGAGCGGAUCAGUACUUAUAUAAAAAAGGAUAAAACCGUUUUCACACUAUUACAAGUAUUAAAAAAAACAUUUCCUGGUUUGAUUAUAGUUUCAAUUAGGUCAUUAAUGUGAGAUUCACUUGUCCGAUAUUUGUUUGUUUACCGACAGAAAUAUAAAGUAUCAUUUGCCUGUAUCAUACAGAACAAUGACAUGUUAUGAGACUAAAUCACCAAUUAAUCUGAACUGCAGUUAAACAAAUUAAGUGCCUGCCAGUUAUAUUUGAUUUCCAGCCUACUGGGCAAUGCAUGCAUUUCUAAUGAUUUUGGAUUCAGGUUUUUAACUGGUGUACAGUACACACGACACCCUAUUCCCUAAUUUCUUACAGGAUCAGUGAAAUUUCAACAAACCAUUGAUAUACUCAUGGCUCAACACACACAUACCUCUGUAAAUACCAUGUUUCUGACUAUGUAGACUACUGCACUGAUUCAUUUAUACCAAAAUAAAAAUUGUUACAGACAAAAA